UUAAAAAAAAAGAAAGAAAAGAAAAGAAAAAAAAAACCUAAAAAUCCAGGAAUUGGAUUGUCGAUACAGCUCUGUGGGUGAAGGUACUUGCUGCCAAGCCUGAUGACCUGAGUUCGAUUCCUAGGAACUCACAUGGUAGAAGAGCAUGAGCUUCCACAAGCUGUCCUCUGAAUUUUACAUGAAUAACUGUGGCCGAUAGUACCCCCUCCCAAUGAAUGAAUGAAUCAAUCAAUGAAUAAAGCAGGUUUGACUUUUUUCCCCUUAAAUAUUUUUAGUCCACAGUUAAUUGAACACACGGAUGUAGAAGCCACUGCUAGAGAGAGCUGACUGUAUUUGCCUUCAGGACGCCUCUGAGUUCAGUGGAUCCGAAGAGCUCCAGGCCCCUUCAGAGCAGCAGCGGCUGGUGGAAACAUGGAGGCGCAGACCUAUUGCGCCAAGCUCCUGGGGGAGUUGAACGAGCAGCGGAAAAGGGACUUUUUCUGUGAUUGCAGCAUCAUCGUGGAAGGGCGCAUCUUCAAGGCCCACAGGAACAUUUUGUUUGCUAACAGCGGCUAUUUCCGUGCCCUGCUCAUUCACUAUAUUCAGGACAGCGGGCGGCACAGCACCGCCUCGCUGGACAUCGUCACCUCGGAAGCCUUCUCCACCAUCUUAGAUUUCCUCUACUCUGGGAAGUUGGAUUUGUGUGGCGAGAAUGUGAUUGAAGUUAUGUCUGCUGCCAGCUACCUGCAGAUGAAUGACGUGGUCAACUUCUGCAAGACAUACAUCAGGUCAUCCCUUGACAUCUGCCGAAAGAUGGAGAAGGAAGCUGCCGUGGCUGCGGCCGUGGCUGCGGCCGCCGCCGCAGCAGCUGCUGCUGCUGCUCACCAGAUAGACAGUGGAAGUCCGAGCUCAGGACUGGAGGGGACUUCCUGCAGUACCAAGAGCUUCGUCUCCUCCCCAGGAGAGGGGGAAGGGAGUGUGGGGUGUACAAGGGCGUCCCCUUGUGAUGACUGCCAUCCCUUGGAAUUGGUGGUGAAAGACAGCCAGGGCUCUGGCGCCUCUGACGGCGACCUUUCUUUUGUGCCCAGACGGGUUGAACCCAAAGUGGAAUUUGAUGUUGCCAGAGUGGAGGUGGAAGCCGGCGAAGAGCUGCAGCAGUAUGACACCCCGCUGGCCCAUGCGGAGGACGGUCUGUCCAGUAACCAGGCCUUGGACUUGACUUACAGCAACUACCACGUGAAGCAGUUUCUGGAGGCUCUCCUGCGCAGCGGUGCUGUCCAGAGCAAAGACGACUCUGAUCACCACUUUUCACACAGUUUGGAGGGAAGACUGGAAGGUGCAGGAGUGGCCAUGAGUUCGGUGAAUGAUGCUCAGAAUGACUGGUGUAGAGAGGACUCAGGUGACGUGCUGGUGGUCCCCGUCAAGCUCCACAAGUGUCCUUUCUGCCCUUACACUGCCAAGCAGAAGGGCAUCCUCAAGAGGCACAUCCGAUCGCACACUGGCGAGCGGCCGUACCCCUGUGAGACCUGUGGCAAGAGGUUCACUCGACAGGAGCACCUUCGGAGCCACGCCCUGAGUGUCCAUAGAGCCAACCGGCCAAUUGUCUGCAAAGGCUGCCGGAGAACCUUCACCAGCCACCUGUCCCAGGGGCUGCGGCGCUUUGGGCUGUGUGACAGCUGCACCUGUGUCACAGACGCUCAUGAUGAGGAGGAUUUGAUCCCCGUCAACCUUAGCCUGGUGGAGGCUUCAUCCGAAAGCCACGAGAAGAGUGACAUGGACGACUGGCCCAUCUAUGUGGAGUCUGGUGACGAGAAUGACCCAGCUGGGGAGGAUUCCGAUGACAAGCCACACAUCCGGCCCAACUUGCCAGACCACGAGACGCUGACAUAGCAGUCAACGGGUGGGAGAGGGGUUUUAGGUGUUGUUUGUUCUACGGUGAAAGCCACCGUUCCUCUCAUUUUGUGGAGCUUAGGGGCUGUUUCCCCCUCGAUGUUGUUACACUCGCUUUUUUGUUAGACUACCUAGCAGAGUGGAUUUUGUGAUUCCAGACUGCUAAGUUUUUAGCAUGAUUCCGAGGGUGAGUGAAUCAAGGUUGGCCCUGAGCCUUCCCAGUUAUCCUGCUGAGAAGCGGACUCUGGGUCGGAGGGAAAUAACAAUAACCUCACUGCUUCACAUUCUCUCAACCUUCUGCAUUCUUUUAUCAUUACCUUUUUCUGAAGAGGUGGCAAAAUAUGCUAUCGGGGCAUCAGUCUUUCCCCUGCCAGCCAAGCGUUUCAUAACAAAUUCCACAGCUUAAUUUUCUGGCGAAGACUUGAAGGUGAACCUGCUUUGAUAAAAAGCAGGCAGGGCCGACUACAUGGUCAUAAAAGACACUCCCUAAACCUAGACCAGGCUCCUAACUGCUGGGAGUUACAUGCAGACAAACACUGACAUGAGUUGCAAGUUCGUUAGGGCCCCCACGCUUGCCCAGUGGAUUAAAUUAAAUUAAAUAAUUAAAUGAGCCUCCAAAAGAGAGCCUGUGGGCCAGGUCGGGGAAGUGUCCCUGUCCACAGGUUAUUUGACAAUUGCAUACACACAAAUAUCCUAUUCUGGGAUCAUAAAACAAGUUGUUUGGGCAAAACUGAAAAUGCUCUCCUGCUUUCUUUAGUCAUUUCCAAGAGGUGACUCAGUGCAACCUGAGGAUGUUUGUCCCACUGACAUUCUUUUUUUUCCCCCCACUGACAUUCUUUUACCUAGUUUAUGCUCAGACGUGAGCUAGGGAGAAGCACAGGCCUAUCUCAUGUUGUCUGUGUCUUGACUUCCAGAAGACCUAGAAGGAAGGAGCUGGCUACAGCAGGUUUUUGUUUUGGCUU